AUGCGUGAGGCUCUUGCCGUUGCCUACACUGAUUGUCGUCCACCGGAAGAUUGUACCGUCGUUGUCGAACCCCGGAUCGUCGCCGAACAAGACUUAGUCCACGACGAAACACUUAUUAGUCCCUUCCAAAACAUUGUCGUUGCCCGUACUCUAGCUACAUGGCACGCUUCCGAUGGAUCUGUCGUUGUCCAAAUCGCCAAUCCUUCUGCCGAUGGCGUCCGUCUUUAUGAUGGCCUAUGUCUUGGUCAAUUGUCCACAGUGACUAUCACUGAACCCGACCAACUCCAUGUCAAUUCUGUCGCGAACACACCCGUCACUGACGACGAAAUUCGCCACGCCAAGUCCGAACUCGAAGAGCCUCUGUCCAAGGCCUUCGACAACACAACGCUCACCAACGAGCAACAACAAGCUGUCCUCGACUUGUGCGCAAAAUACCGUCCUGUCUUUUCUCUGUCAAUGUCCGAACUCGGCCGCUGCACCAUUGCAGAAGCCACGUUCCCCGUGCCGCCAGGCACGCGUCCUGUCGAUCGUCCGCCGUACCGUCCGAAUCCCCGCGUAGCCACUGUCUCCGACAAAUGUGUCGCCGAAAUGCUCGAAUGGGGUAUCAUUGAAAAACGGACCAGCGCAUGGGGAAGACCAUGCACACUUGUCGCUAAAAAGAACGGCAGUCCCCGUUUCUGCGUCGACUACCGCCACACCCUCAACCGCCACAUCGUCCGUAAAACCUGGCCCAUGCCUAACCUCGAGUCCUGCCUGGAUGCCGUCGGCCAAGCUCUCUACAUCACCGUCGCCGACAUCCUCAGCGCCUUCUGGCAGAUCCCCGUGGCAGAGGAGCACGUCGACCGUACUGCAUUCGUCACCCCUACCGGCAAGUACUGUUUCAAGCGGCUCACGCUCAAAUCGUCGAAAAUUCAAUUCAGUCAGAAAGAAGUCGACUAUUUGGGUCAUGUCAUCUCCGCAAAAGGUAUCUCGGUCAGCACCGACCGUAUCGAUGCCAUUCGCAACCUGCCCACUCCCACCUGCAUCAAAGAUCUCCGAUCUGUCCUAGGCAUGGUGAAUUUUGUCCGACGUUUCAUCAAAGAUUACGCCGAUGUCACUGCUUCGCUGGUCGAACUCACUCGAAAAGAUUAUGUCAAACGUGCUAGUUUUAAAAAAGCAUGGGGGUCGGCCCAAGAUGCCGCCUUCCAAAAUGUCAAGAGAGUCCUGUCCUCUACACCUGUUCUCCAUUUUCCCGAUUUUUCUCGGGAAUUUGCCGUUCACACCGACGCCUCUGAACAAGGCGUAGGCGCUUUCCUCGCCCAACCAUCCCAUGAUAUUGACGACGGUAAAGAACUCAAUAUCGUCGCGUUUUACAGUAAACGUUUUUCUAAGGGCCAACGCCAUUACAGCUCUACCAUGAAAGAAUGCAUUGCGGUUGUCUGGGCUCUCACCCACUGGCGCCCGUACCUUUGGGGCCGCCAUUUUUCGUGUGGCACUGACCAUCAAGCACUUACGUAUCUGUACCACAUGCAAGACACGUCCAACAUGUUGACGCGCUGGGCUAUUGCACUCCAGAGUUACGAUUUUACUAUCAAACAUGUGCCGGGGAAGCUCAACGUUGUCCCCGACGCUCUGUCCCGUAUUUUUAGCAAGGUCAACGGCGAUCAUGUGCCUUCCGAACCGCGCUUUGCGGCCAUCUGUCGCAACGUGCCCGACGAUAAACCAUUUUGUCCCCCUGUCCCUCGCGAUUACGAAGUGUCUUCAUACAACCUCGAUGAAACCGCGCUCGUCGAAAGCGACCGCGAAUUAUUUUCGAGUGCUGUCUCCGUCUUCCCGGUAGUCGAUUCUGUCAAGCUGUUGGAUCACCAAAAACGCGAGUUCCGCCAGUAUUUCGAUUACCUUGCUUCUCCCGCAAAAUCCCCUGUUCCCUCGAACCAGUCUAAGUCUAGCAUGAGCAAAUUUUUCCUUCAUGAAGGUUUGCUUUGUCGUUCGUACAUCCCAGCCCACCUACGUCGUCGGGCUCACUUCCGCGAUCAACUCGUGGUCCCGUCCUCACUACGAACCCUUGUCAUCUCCUCAUGCCAUGACCUACCCUCCUCUGGAGGCCACCUAGCCUUCAAAGCCGUAGAUCUUGUUGAAUACAAGUCACUGUCCGAAGGAAACCCCUACAUCCUGUCCGUCAUUGACCAUCUCACGCGCUUCGUCAUAUUGAUCCCCAUCAAAUCAAAAGACGNCCUACCGCCGCGUAUCGUCGUCAAGGAGACUCCUCAUUAUCUCAUGUUCGGUCGCUCGGCCAAACUUCCUGUCGACCUCAUUCUCGGUGUCCCCUCUACUCCGGCUCCGCAGAGCCGCCUCGAUUACUCACGCCGUACCGUUGAGAAUCUUUAACUAGCGUACGAGUUAGCUCGCUGCAACCUCUAAGAACGCUCAUCUAAACAAGCGGAUGCGAAUGAGAAACUGUCCUUCCCUAGCUUUAAGUUCGGUGACCAAGUACUUGUCCAUCGUCCGUACACCGAAUCGGCUGGACCCAAUCCCAAGCUCAUUAGCCCUUGGCAUGGUCCGUACACUGUCCGGGCCCAACUUUCGCCCGUCAUCUAUCGUGUCUCGAAACCUAACGAGCCGGCCGAAACCACCGUCCAUCUGGGUCGCAUGAAACCGUACAUCGCCCCUACUUCGUCUCCGGUCCCGGACCCUGAAACACUCGAUGAACUGUUUUUAGGAACAACGCUCCCGUUGCCGGAUCUAGAUGGUUCCACAACCGCCGUCACCCUUGGUCCGUACACCAUCG